GCCACUGAUGUAGUAGAGCAAAGUCCGUCUUAAAGUUUGAUGGUUUAGAAAGCUAAGAACUUGUGGAAAGAAAUCACAUAGAGGUAUCAGAAAGUAUUUAUUAGCUUUAUGCGAAAGUCAGUGAUAAAUUUUAACAAACAACCAGGAUUAUGUUACUCACCGACCAAAGGUCUUCAUUAAUAACCGUGGCUGUUGCAUUGGAAAUUGUAGCGUUUGUUAUUGGUAACAAAUCCUUCCUCGACAAUGAACAAGCAAAUUCUUCACGUUAUUUGUACAGUUAUGAAGUUAUCAUUCCUCAUCAAGUGACCGCAGAUGGCAAUUUUCUGUCGUAUGUCAUCUCUCAUGGCUACUCUUGGAAUUAUUUUCGCCGGCGCCGUCGGCGAUCUUUGUCGGAUGCGCAAGAGAUAUUUUACAAGUUACCGUUAAAGGGUCAAGAGGUGCAGUUGGCCGUAAGACCCAACUACAGGUAUUUGUCUCCUGCUUUGAAAAUUGAACAUCGGUCAUCUAAGUUGGACAGAAUAAAUGAAACCAGGGUGAAGGUGGGCCUAGAGCGGACGUGCUACUUUAUCGGAUCUGUUCACAAUGUUUCUAAUUCACUGGUAUCAGUGUCGACUUGCAAUGGAAUAAGAGGACUAAUUCGGAUAGGAGAAAACGAAUAUUUCAUUGAACCGCUGAAAGGACAUGACGUCAGCAAAGAUUCCAAACACCCACAUAUUAUAUACAAGAGGGCGGCAGAGAGUCCAAUUUUAAGUGAAUCCUAUGAAAAUACAUCCACUUCGAGAGGUACCUGUGGGAAUGACGACAGUGAUAAGGACAACAUCGGUAAAAGACAGCUAUGGGAACGGAAGCACACAGCACGCAGUCCUGUCCGAACGAAACGAUCAGUCAGUAAAGAGAAAAACGUUGAAACCCUUGUUGUGGUUGAUAAAAAAAUGAAAGAUUUUUACCAUAACGAUGAUGUAGAGACUUACGUUUUAACCAUAAUGAAUAUGGUGUCUUCACUCUACCACGACGCAACCAUUGGUAAUGCUAUUAAUAUUGUACUGGUUCGUGUUAUCAUUUUGGACGAGGACGAUGAUGAGAUUAUUUUUGAUGGAAUGUGUUCGCUAUUGCUAUUUCUUAGAUACAACAUUUGUACAAAAGGAAAUCAACCUUGCAGUACAUUAGGCUUAGCAGAAGUUGCCGGGAUGUGCCAACCUGGUCGAAGCUGCAAUGUUAAUGAGGAUACAGGUUUAGCAGUGGCUUACACUAUAGCUCAUGAGAUGGGUCACAAUUUUGGAAUGAGCCACGACAGCUUCCACAAUGGCUGCCAACUUUCAUAUGAAGAACAGCAACACAUCAUGUCAUCCCACUUCGCUUCUGAGGCCAGUCCUAUCGUUUGGUCAAAAUGUAGUCGUUCAGAGAUCACAAAGUUUCUUGAUCGAGAUUGGGGUCGUUGCUUAGACGACGAACCAUCCGAUCAUGACUUUAGUUUCCCGCAGUUGCCACCAGGGACCAUGUACAACGCUGACCACCAGUGUCGUCUUCAGUAUGGUCAUUCUGCUACCCACUGUACAGGCCUUGAGAACAUGUGCCAGACUCUGUGGUGCCGUGUGGACGAUAAGUGCGUGACACGUCUGGAGCCCGCCGCUGAUGGAACUAUUUGUGGUUCAAAUAAGUGGUGCUUUAUGGGAAAAUGUUCCACAAUCGAAGAACAGCCUAACGGUAUUGAUGGAGAAUGGGGAUCUUGGGGAUCGUGGAGUAUGUGCUCAAGGAGUUGUGAUGGGGGAAUAAUGUCAUCUGAACGAUUAUGCAAUAAUCCACCACCGACCAGAGGAGGGAAGUUUUGUAUCGGAGAACGAAGAAGAGUCAAACUGUGCAAUAAAAAAACGUGUCCUGAUCGUUCACCGAGUUUCCGAGGAGUACAGUGUAGUAGCUUUGACGGUCUUCCCUAUAAAGGAAAACUUCACAAGUGGCUUCCCGUCUACUCCUCACUGAAACCGUGCCAGCUCCACUGUAAAGCAGAGGGAGAGUACUUUUCGGUUCUUCUCGCAGAUACCGUAGAAGACGGUACUCCCUGUAACCCUGGAACUAAAGAUGUCUGUGUUGAUGGUAAAUGUAGGUAUGUUGGGUGUGAUGGAGAAAUUGACUCAAAAGCUCAAGAGGACCGAUGUGGUAUUUGUCAUGGAGACGGAACACAAUGUCAAGCUGUCAGAGGUGACUUCAAGCAGAAACGUGGUCUAGGCUACGCUAAGAUUGUGACUGUACCUCAAGGAGCACGAAAUAUUCGAGUGGAAGAAAUUUCUACCUCCAACAACUACUUAGCACUUCGUGACACGAAAGGUUACUUUUAUUUGAACGGAGACUGGUUCGUCCAGUGGAGUGGCGAGUACGAUGUGGCCGGAACUACGUUCACGUACACUCGAAUUGAGGAAAAGGAAUCCCUGGUGGCUACAGGACCCUUGAAGAAGAAUGUCGAAAUCCUGUUGUUAUUUCAAGAUGAAAACCUCGGAGUUUCCUACGAAUACACAGUUCCAAAUAAACAUGCUAUAAGAAAACCACAAUAUCUCUGGAAAAUGAGCGAUUGGUCGGUUUGUUCUGUCACCUGCGGUACUGGAAAGCAGAUUUCUGAAGCUUUUUGCGCAGAGAAAGCAUCGGGAAAGGUUGAAGAUAAAUUCUGUAACACUACCGCUAAGCCUCUAGAUAAGAUGAGAGCCUGCAACACCCACGAUUGUCCUCCGAGAUGGUGGACCGGCCCAUGGCAGCAAUGUUCUGUGAGCUGUGGGAAAUUGGGUAGUAGGCUACGCACUAUUCUCUGUGUUCAGUUUAAAGGAACCGACGAACAGAUCGCUCUCACUGAUGAACACUGUGAAGGCCAGCUAAAGCCAAAAGAAUCUGAAGCUUGUCAUCACGAUAGUCCUUGUCCAGGAGAGGGACAGUGGUCUACUGGACCAUGGUCAGAUAUUCCAAAUGGCGAGACUAAAUGA